AGGCUGCUGUGCUGUUACUUUCUGUCAUGUCUGGGAAAGCUUCCAGUGAUAAGCAGCCGCACACAGAGUUUUCCAUACUCUUGGAAGUAUUUCUGACUUUUUCCUCAUUUUUCGCGGCGCGCGUUGUGUUGAACUUGCGCGCGUCAAACUUCUCUGGACUGACUGACUGAGGAGGUUAUCUUGGCAUUUGAAUCAAGGAUUAUAUGCAUUUCAAUGUAUGCACGAUGAGAUGAGAAAACCUGGCGCUGGGCAGCAGUAAAUGUCUCUCUGCUUUAAUCAGUCAGAUCGCGCGCUGAAUAUUCAAGACAUGUUUCCUAAACGCAUCAACAGGUAAACAAAGGUCUUUUUAAAUUGACCGAAUUUUUCUUUGUUAAAAACUUUGUUAGUUUCUAAACAUGUUUUAAAGAACUUUUGCCUUUUUUGCACUGAGCAUCAGCAUAUAAACGCUUUAUAUAUGUAUAUACACACACAUUAAAAUUCGGAUCUUAUGACGCUUCAUUGGAUUGUAUCUCUCUGCCGACUUAAGUGAUAUUAAAGUGUUCAAACAUGAGGGCACGGUACAUGCUUGGUUUCGGUGUUUUGUGUCUGUUGACAUGGGCUGUUUACGUGUCAGAGAGCAGCCCGACCGAUAAACAAGCUAAACUCAGACUGAUGUCCGUAAGACGAGCGAGACAAAACAAAUCCCGACAGGGUCAGAUCAUCAAAGCACGUGCUUCUUCUUCAUGGAUCAAUGAUAAGCGCCAACAGAUGCAGGGAGACGAAGGUGUACAAUUUAGAAGGAAUGUCCAAUCCAGAAAGGUCUUGGCACAAAGGAGACCGGCUCAGGGUGGGACAAGGAAUCCAAUCCAGCAAGAUGAUGGAACACCUGGAGCCAGGGCCAGAGUGUCCCGCAUGCCAAGCAGUGCUGGUUCACCAAACCUACUAGCGUCAUUUGCAGGGAAAAACCGCCUACUGGUUAUUUCCGCACCUCACGACUCUGAUGGCUACUACAGACUGAUGAUGAGCCUGCUCAAACCAGAGGUCUACUGUGAGUUGGCUGAGCGGCACGUGCAUCAGAUUGUCAUGUUCCACCAGGAAGGAGAGUUGGGUGGGAAAAUCAGACGCAUUACUAAUGUAGGAAAAGUGAUGGAAGAGCCAUUAGAUACUACUCUCAUUCCCAGGCUCAUGACCUUUCUUAAAUUAGAGAAAGGAAAGUUUGGGAUGGUCCUUCUUAAGAAGACGCUUCAGGUACAGGAACGCUAUCCAUACCCUGUCCGACUGGAAGCAAUGUAUGAAGUUAUCGACCAGUCACCAAUGCGCAAAAUGGAAAAAGUACGGCAGAAAGGCUUUGUGCAGAAGUGUAAAGGGGCUGGGGUGGAGGGUCAGGUGGUUGAGGGUGUCCUGAUCACUGAUUCCAAGGUGGACCCACCAGUAGAAAGGAGAAAAGAGAUUCGGAAACCCAUUCGAAGACCAACAACUACUACUUCAACUCCAACAACUACCACCACGACUACCAAAGCAACUACUACCACCACAACACGUGCCCCAACUACAACUCGAUCUACCACCACCACCACCACCACCACAACAACAACACGGCCGACCACAACAACAACACGGACCACCACCACUCCAAGGACAACCAGAACUCAAACUACCCCACAAUGGAUCCCAGCCCACAAGACCACCGCUGAGCCUUACUAUUACAACCGCAGGGACAGAUACCAGACCACCUCACCCACAACUGACACCGCAAGAUACAGGGACAACCACACUUCUAAAAAAGAAUACAACCACAGACAAACCAACAUUAUACCUACACAACACAAACCAACCAAAGUUAGGCCGGCAAAGAAAAAGAAUAGCGAUAAAGAUAUUAUCAAUGCAUAUGAGGAGAAAUAUGAUGUAGGUGUGCCUACUGAUGUCUAUCCUGAAGAAAAAGAGGAAGAAAUCGUGCCCACUAAAAGAGGCAAGGGCAAAACAGAUAAAAAGAAGAAAAAGGACAAGACAGAUAAGCUGUCUAAAAAGGACAAGGCGGAGAGGAGGGGAAAAGAUGGAAAGGGUGGUAAGAAAAAUGGAAAGAAAGUUCCAAAGAUCCUUGAGAAAGAAGAAUAUCAGAAACCAACAAAGAGACCACCACCACCGCCGCCACCUAAAGGAACUCUGGCAACCUUUUUGGACUAUUUUGAAAGCAGGAGGAGAUUAAUUUUGAUCACCUCUCCAACAGAGGAGAACAGCAUGUAUGUUCAGCAGAGAGAUGAAUACUUGGAGCACGUGUGUGAAAUGGCAAUCAGGAAAGUCUCCAUCAUCACCAUCUUUGGCACACUUAGGAACAGCACCAUGAAGAUUGAUCAUUACCAGCUUGAGAAGGACAAGCCCAUGAAAGGUCUGAGACAGGAGGAUUUGGAGAACCAGAAUCUUAUCAUGGAGCUGAGGAAAGAGUACGGAAUGACCUACAACGAUUUCUACGUGGUCCUCACAGAUCUGGACAUGAAGGCGAAGCAAUACUAUGAAGUGCCAAUUGCGAUGAAGGCUGUGUUCGACUACAUCGACACCUUUUCAUCCCGCAUCAGAGAGAUGGAGCAACAGAAACGGGAUGGGGUGACGUGCAAAAAAGAGGACAAGCCCAGAUCAUUGGAGAACUUCCUUUCCAGGUUCCGCUGGAGACGCAGGUUGUUUGUCAUAUCUGCACCAAACGAUGAGGAAUGGGCCUAUCAGCAACAGCUUUAUGCACUGACCAGUCAGGCCUGCAACCUGGGUCUUCGUCAUGUAUCCGUGCUGAAGCUGGUCGGGACAGACCUGAUGGACAUGGGAGGAGUGUUAGAGCUUUACCCCAUCAACGGAAGUGCAACGGUGGAGCGUGAGGGCAUCUCUGCCACUCUAGUGAGAGACAUCAGAAACUACUUCCAGAUCAGCCCUGAGUACUUCUCCAUGCUGCUUGUCGGAAAAGACGGAAAUGUCAAAUCCUGGUACCCGUCGCCCAUGUGGUCCAUGGCCAUCAUCUAUGACCUGAUCGACUCCAUGCAGCUCCGCAGACAGGAAAUGGCCAUCCAGCAGUCUCUAGGUAUGCGCUGCCCUGAGGAUGAGUACGGUGGAUAUGGUUAUCAUCAUGGCUAUCAUGAGGGUUACCAGGAAGGUUAUCAUCAGGGUUAUGGAUAUUAGAGAUGCUUUUAAAUAGACAGCAAUAACUGAAAAUGUGUCUUUUACCUGGUUAUACACUUUAUCAUACAGCUGUUCAUUUGUUAAAGCUGCGUAUUCUCUGUUAUACAUCUAUGGACAUAAUCUUUUGUAGAUAAAAAAAAAAAAAGGAUGGGAAAUAAAUAUUUGUAUUAUAUUUAUUGGAUGUCUGCUCUAUAUGAAGGGAUCGUUUUUAAAGGUCACAGCCUGCUUUUUGAUAUUAUUAUUACUCUAUUUUUUAAGAGCACUGUCGCUACAUGGCUUAUUUAUAAACAUAUAAAUUGUGCUUUAAUUCAAUAAAAAAAUAUAAUGCCAUCAAGCUUUAUGUUACAAACAUUACAGGUCAUUGUGCAACUUUUAUUUUUAGCUGAAUUGAUUAAUAUUUUUUUAAAUGCACUCUUUUGAUACAGCCUGAACAUUUCUACUUAAAGGGAUAGUUCACCCUGAAAUAAACAUUGUGCAUUUAUUUACUCAUUAUCCACUUGUUCCAAACCUUUAUGAGUUUCUUUCUUCUGUUGAACACAAAGGAAGAUAAAUUGAAGAAUGUUGGGUGAAAAAACAUUGACUUCCAAAGUAUUUUUUUGUUUCUACUAAGGAUGUCAGUGACUGUUUUUCCCUCCAACAGUCUUCAGAAUUUCUUGUUUUGUUCAUUAGAGUUUAGAACCAUGUGAGUGCAAGUAAACAGGCUUUUCAGUUUUGGGUGAGCUGUACCUUUAAGCACUAUGUAGUUUGAGAUUUUCUUUAUUUUAUCUCCCUCUGCUGGUCAGUGAUAUGAUUGCAUCUGCUGAAAAAGAAUCAGUAUUGUUGUUGUUGCCGAAAAACAAUUGAAAUAAAAGCAGCACAAAUAUUUAUGAGCACAUAUAAUUGA